CAUGGUGAACUUCAUUAAGGAGAAUCUGCUGGGCUCUCUAAAGGAGUUCCGGAACCGUUUUAUUAAUCCAAUUCAGAACGGUCAGUGCGCAGACUCCACCCCUGCUGAUGUCAGACUCAUGAAGAAUAGAUCGCACAUCCUCCAUCAAUUAAUGUCAGGAUUCAUACAGAGGCGGGACUACUCAGUCUUGAUGGCCUGUUUGCCACCAAAGCACGAGUAUGUGCUGUCAGUCAGGAUGACGUCUCUGCAGUGUCAGUUAUACACACACUAUCUGCAGAACUACACAGGGAAAGGAGUAGGUGUGAACAAUUUGUUUCAGGACCUUCAUGUUCUGAGUUUGAUAUGGACCCAUCCCUGGUGUCUUAAACUUGCUCAGCUGAACAGGAAUAAGGGGAAAGAGGAAGAGCCUGCUCCUGUCUUCACAGGUCUGGGUGCAGGUUUGGUGAGCGAUUCUGUAGGGUAUGACUCUGAAGGGAGAGAGGCAACAAGCACAGGUUUAGUGGGUGAUGGAGAGAGAAAUACUGAUCCAGUCUCCUUGGUCAGCGGGUCCAAUCAAAAUCCACAAAAUCCAGAUGUCACAAACACAGCCACAAUGGAAAUUUCUGGAUUUGUUGUGGGUAAUGGGCCAUCUGCCGACUGGUAUCUGCCAUUUGUAACAGCGGCUGAUGCCAAAGUGCUGGAGCAUUCUGGGAAAUUGCAGUUGCUACUGGAGAUUUUACACUGGGCAGAGGAACUACAGGACAAAAUGUUGGUGUUUAGCCAAUCUCUGAUAACGCUUGACCUUAUUGAGAGUUUCCUCCUGUAUGCAGAUGAGACCAGGGGGAAUAAAUGUUGUCCAUACAAAGGGAAAAAAUCGUGGGUUAAAAAUAAAGAUUAUUAUCGUUUGGAUGGCAACAUCAGUGCUUGUGCUCGCAAGAGAUGGGCUCAAGAGUUUAACAACACUAAAAACAUAAGAGGGCGGUUGUUUCUGAUCUCCACUCGCGCGGGGUCUCUGGGAAUCAAUCUGGUCGCUGCAAACCGGGUUGUGGUGUUUGACGCUUGCUGGAAUCCGUCAUAUGACAUCCAGAGCAUCUUCAGAGUCUAUCGCUUUGGGCAGAAAAAAACUGUAUACGUGUACCGUUUUCUGGCCCAGGGGACGAUGGAACAGAACAUUUAUAAGCGGCAAGUUGCUAAACAGUCUCUGUCCUCUCGUGUUCUGGACCAGCAGCAGAUUCAGAGACACUUCACACACAGACAGCUGAAUGAGCUGUACUGCUUACAGCCAGAUCUACGGCCCAGUAAACACACAGAAAUGCCUGCAGAUGACAUGUUGGUCCAGCUGCUGCAGAGCUGUGGGCAGCUCAUAGUAAGUUAUCAUGAGCACAACUCAUUGUUAGGCCACCGGGAAGAAGAGGAGCUGAGCGAGGAAGAGCGCAGAGCAGCCUGGGAUGAAUACCGUGCAGAAAAGAAGAACUCCAAUGAACCCACCCACAGAAACCUCAACCAAGCACUACAGUUCAUUCAUCUUCAGCAGGCUCUGGCUUCUCGAAACUUCACCUAUACAACCAAGAGUGUUCCUUCAGCAACUUCAUUACCCGUAAAACAAGGCAAUGCCGAACGUUCUGCUGCUUGGGGCACUUACAACAACUCCAACAUCACAUUUCGGCUGGAGCAACCCAAUGCGGUUUUCUCAGUUCCAAAAACAAACACAUAACCCGAUCCCCCUCUCCUCAGAAAACAUAGUUUGUGUUGGAUUUGAUAUAAGUAAGCCGCUCUCAAUAUCACCAAUAUGAAUGUAGUUUUAACAUUAGAGCACUGAAUGGACUCACAAGAUGACACUUAGGCACACAGGUUUUGAGACCUCAAAGCAAACUGUGCUGUUGUCAGAAUUCCUACCACAUGUGUAACUUAAAUUUGAACCUUAAAGCAACACCAAUUCCUUACAAUACUGAACGGUGUGUCUGAGACCUUCAGGCGUUUCUAGCUACCUCAAAACCAGUGGGAGUAUGAAGAAAAGUCCUCAGCACAAGUAUGCUUUUGGAUUGGAUACAAACAAUGGAGGUUCGGUAGCCUGUGU